AUUUAGAAGAAAAUUGUGCAUGGAAAUAAGGGAGAGAAAUGGAAAGUAUCAGCUCCAUUUCCAUCAAGCUUUUGAUGCUACUGGCUCUAGUCAACAUCUGUGUUUCACAGGAUUUUGAUUUUUUUUACUUUGUACAACAGUGGCCAGGUUCAUUCUGUGACACACAAAAAAGUUGCUGCUUUCCUCCAACAGGAAAACCAGCAGCGAACUUCAGCAUUCAUGGACUUUGGCCAAAUUUCAGCAAUGGAUCAUAUCCAUCCAAUUGCAAUAUUGCCGAAAACACAUUUAACCAAUCUAAGAUCAUUGACCUGAUUCCAAGAGCAGAAACGAGUUGGCCAUCACUCUCUUGUGCAGGAGGCAAGACAGAUAAAAACAUAACAAACAGUGAUAAUAAAAGAUUCUGGAAGCAUGAAUGGGACAAACAUGGCACUUGCUCUGUCAAAAACCUUGAUCAGCAUGCAUAUUUUGAAGCUGCUUUGAACUUCAAGGACCGAGUAGACCUCCUUCAAAUCCUUCUAUACAAUGGAAUCAAACCAGAUGGAAACUUUUACAGCGUUGUCAGCAUAACAGAAGCAAUAAAAGAAGCAACUGGGUUUGAACCUGGCAUAACAUGCAACACUGAUCCAUCUGGUAAUCGUCAGCUUCAUGAGAUAUAUCUUUGUGCGGAUACAUCAGCCUCCAACUUCAUUGAAUGUCCAAUACUACCAAAUGGGAAAAGUUGUUCAGAAAAGGUUGAGUUCCCCAUCUUCUACCAGUUAUGGGAAGAACUCUAGGAAUAUCGAAAUCUGGCCUAUCAGCCCAACUUUCCAAUUUUAACUUUGUUAUCCGAUGUAACAAUUAUUCGUAUAAAUAACGGAUGUACCUUUUUAUAAUGGCAAUAAGGGAUGUGCUUCUGCUUCACUACUGCAUUUUCCUACAUCAAAUACCCAUAUAAUCUUCUAUUCCAAUUAAGAGAAAAUCGAACAAGUCUUGUACGAGAAAUUAUCAUGUAUAGUUCGGAUCCUCUAUAUGUGUUUAUGAUUUCUAAGUGACACACCGACACGUAUUCUAGUUUUUCAAUU